AGUUUGCAGACACAUUUGAAUGCCUCAUACAGAGCAAUGAGUGGAGCUGCUAUGAGUUUAAUAACAGCAAUCAGUGGAUUUCUUCUUCUCCUCACUGUGACAGCGGUUCAGGGUCAGAAUGGUUGGAGAGUGACUUACACCUCUACUCAGAUCUGCGCCUUUAAAGGAUCAACAGUGGACAUGCACUGCACCUACAUGUACCCAUCCAGAGAAUAUACAAUCAAGAAUAAAUUCUGGUUUACAACAGAGAAUAAUAAUGUUUAUCUGGAUCUGAAAGCAGACUCAGAUUACAGAGACCGUGUUCAGUAUGUGUAUAAAAACACAGACUGCACUCUGAGAAUCAGAAACCUGACAGUGAGCGACUCAGCUGUGUACAAGUUCAGAUUCACAACAAACAGUGAAACUGGGAAAUAUACUGGUUUACCUGGAGUCACUUUGACUGUCACAGAUCCACAGCUCCAGGUACAUGUGAGGAGAUCAACAGGAAACUCUUAUUCUAACUGGACAGAGCUGACAUGUCACAGCAACUGUCAGCAACCUGAUCAAUCUUCCUACAUCUGGUACAAGAAUGGAGACAAACUUUCAGCAGGAAAACAAUAUUUUUAUUUGGACACAUUUGAUUCUACAGACAGGAUUUCCUGUGCUGUGAAAGGACAUGAGGGUUUCCGUUCUCCAGCUGUGUAUGCUCCAAAGCUUCCCUCUGUGUCAGUGAGUCCCUCUGCUGAGAUAGUGGAGGGCAGCUCAGUGACUCUGACCUGCAGCAGUGAUGCUAACCCAGCAGCUAAAUACACCUGGUACAAGGAGGAUGAUCAUAAUCCUUUCAGUCACACAGCACAGCAUGUUUUCAGCUCCAUCCGGCCGUCUGACUCUGGAAACUAUUCCUGUACAUCUGAAAAUGAUCUGGGAAGAAGGAGAUCUAGAAGCAGAGAAAUUGAUGUGAAAUAUGCUCCAAAGCCUCCCUCUGUGUCAGUGAGUCCCUCUGCUGAGAUAGUGGAGGGCAGCUCAGUGACUCUGACCUGCAGCAGUGAUGCUAAGCCAGCAGCUAAAUACACCUGGUACAAGGAGGAUGAAGACUCACCAAUAACAUCAGGACAGAACUUCACCAUCACUGACAUCAGACCUGAACACAGUGGGAGUUAUUACUGUGUUGCUCAGAAUAAAAGAGGACUUCAUAACUCCACCUUACAGCUGACUUGUCGAUCCAGCCAGACAGAGGAAGAUGAAGAGCUUCACUACGCGAGUGUUCAAUUCAUAGAGAACCAGACCGAUCCCAUCUAUUACAACAUCAGAUCAGCUGGGCAUCGCAGACAAUUGGUAGAGGAGUACGAACACGUAGAGUACGCUGCAGUCAAGUUUAACAGUUCAAGUUCUGCCCCGAGGUAUGAUGCUCCUCUCACAGACCAUCUGAAAGCUUAA